AUGGCUCCGAGUAGCGAUGACCACGGCUCUGGCGACCACGAUAACGCGACUAGUCACUCAAUCCCCUUACAAGAUCUCUCUGGUCCGCACGAAAACGAAAGACGAGGAGUAGGUAGGGUAGGAAGCAGGCUCUUUUCGGGUCGCUCUCUGACGGACAGAGGGCGCACAUAUGAGAAGUUAUCGGAGGAUUCCCCAGUCGAUCGCUCAGCUGUAGCAGGGAGAUCCCGUUCGCACUCUGAGGCUUCUGGCGCCCCACACCAUGUUGACGACCCAGGAGCAUUCGCUGAAGCGAUCUCCUCUGUUGGUCUGGGGUUCUACAAUUCCCGGAGUACCGCUCGCCUAGUGCGAAACAGCCGGGAUGAAACGGAUUCCGACCUAGAUCUGGUCCGCAUCGACAGCUUCGAACCACAAGAGCAUGAAAAUUAUCUCUCUCCGACCGAAACUUACACCGACCGCAGUCCGUUGACGGAUAGCCGGAAUAUACAGCCUAUCAGUGGUGCGCCUGGCCUUUCUAGGAGUUCGCAAGAUAGUCGAUUCCACCCGCCUUCGGGGCGGUUUGAUGAUACACAGGCGGGGUCGCGUUUGGGGGAUGAGCUUCACAACCUUGAGAGUGGUCGCGGUGGAAGACGGCGUGGGGAGAGUGUAUCAAGGGAAGGUGGUCGAUCAUUGUCUCCCUCGGUGUCGGGUUCAGCAUUGCAGCGCGCAAGUUCGAUGGUGAAAUCCGUCUCCCAGCGUGUUGUCAACCUGAGUAACGAGCCAGAGGUAGUCGAACAAUCGAUCUUGAGAGAUGAAGCCCAGAGAAGUGCACGCAUGGAAGCUCCGCCAACACUUCCUUCUCUUCCAGACUAUGCUCACGAUGCGCCAUCCACCACUUCAUUAGACGGCCCACCUUCGACAGCGCCAAAGAAAGCAUGGCGAGGCUUGAGUAAUCCUCUGAGGGGGAAAUCACUUGGAAUUCUAGGCCCCGAUAAUGUGAUCCGGCUAUGGUUGUGCGAUGUUCUUGUCCACCCUGUCACCGAGCCGUUUAUCUUGGUUAUUAUUGUCAUUCAAACAAUUCUCCUUACAAUUGAAUCAGCGCAGUCCGUGUGGGCUCACCCACGAUCAUCGCAUUGGGGCUCGAAUCGAAUGGACUACCCUUACUUUGCUAUUUUCAUCAUAUACACUCUCGAACUGAUCGCCAAAAUUCUGGUGUCAGGAUUUUUCUUCAAUCCAGCUGAAUAUAGUACAAUAGACCGAUCAGCAGGGUUUAGAAAGGCACUGGCAGAAAAAGGAAGAAACCUCAUCACACCGCAGCGUCAAUUUUCUACCACUAAAAAGCCCUCAGCGCAGCCGACAGAGCAGCAAGCUUCAAUCAUCCGAACCUUUACGGGCGGUUUGAAUCAGCUGGAACAGCAAAUCGCCGACGAUCCCCUGCAAAAACGCCGGGUAAGGCUUGCCAAUCGUGCAUUUCUCCGGCACUCCUUUAAUCGACUUGACUUCGUUGCCGUGGUGUCAUACUGGGUGUCCUUUUUACUUGCGUUAAAUGGCGUUGAAACCCGCCAGCAAAUCUACGCCUUCCGGAUGCUCAGUUGUCUGCGCCUCUUGCGUCUCCUUGCCUUAACUAGCGGUACUUCUGUUAUCCUCCGGAGUUUGAAGAAAGCUGCCCCCUUGUUGGUUCACGUCGCAUUUCUUAUAGGAUUCUUUUGGCUCUUGUUCGCUAUUGUGGGUAUCCAGAGUUUCAAGUCAAGUCUCCGGAGGACCUGUGUCUGGCUUGGAACCGAUGGCCAGAGCAACUUCACUAUGAAUGACCCCUCAGGCACUCUGCAAUUUUGUGGCGGUUAUCUUGAUGAAAACGGGCACGAGCAGACUUGGAUCCGAAGUGACAAUACUAAGAGUACAUCGAGCCCGAAGGGUUUCAUUUGUCCUCAAGGUUCCUUGUGUGUCGAAGGACUCAAUCCCUACAACGGGACAGUUAGCUUCGAUAAUAUUCUCAAUUCUCUUGAGCUUGUGUUUGUGAUCAUGAGCUCCAACACCUUCACCGACCUUCUCUAUUACACCACUGAUACUGAUUAUCUUGUUGCCGCGCUUUUCUUUGCUUGCGGAUUUGUCAUUCUUAGUUUAUGGAUGGUGAACUUGUUGGUUGCUGUUAUCACCCAUUCUUUCCAGGUCAUUCGCGAGGAGAGUAAGCGAAGCGCAUUCGCACCUCAGCUAAUUGAGGACAACGACGAGGAGGUCUUAUCCUCUCGUAAAAUAAGCACGCUGAAGCGUUUUUAUGAUAAAACGCGCUGGCUUUGGAUUGCCAUCAUUAUCUUGGACCUUGUUGUGCAGGGAUUGAGAAGUUCCGAUAUGAGCCCUCGUCGAGAGAAGGGUAUUGAACAAACUGAAACCGUUAUCACCCUCAUUUUCCUCUUUGAAAUAAUAAUACGAUUCGCAUCUGACUGGCGCAAAUUCCACACGAAGCGCGCGAACUGGGCCGAUUUGCUGCUUGCUGUUAUUACCAGCAUUAUCCAGAUACCCCCGAUCAAGAACUCAGGACGUCUAUAUUCUGUUCUUACUCUCUUUCAGAUUCUUCGCGUGUAUCGUGUGGUGUUGGCAUUUGCUGUCACCAGAAACCUCAUCACGGUCGUCUUCCGUAAUGCCGUGGGUUUGCUGAACCUGAUUGUCUUCGUAUUCCUGAUCACGUUUAUUGCAUCCAUCUUCGCAACACAGCUGUUCCGCAGCCAAAUUCCUCCACAAGAUGAAGACGGAAAUUUUAUUGUGAUCACAUUCGCCGAUAUAUACAACUCAUUCCUUGGAAUGUAUCAGAUUUUGUCCAGUGAAAACUGGACGACUAUCCUUUACAAUACAACAUCGUACACAUACUCCUACAAUACUGCAUGGAUUUCAGCGACCUUCACUGUCAUGUGGUUCGUUGUGGCUAAUUUCAUUAUUCUGAAUAUGUUCAUUGCUGUCAUUCAGGAGAGCUUUGAUGUAUCAGAGGAUGAGAAACGACUUCACCAGGUUCGAGCGUUCCUAGAACAGAAGCAAGUGGGUGCCGUUUCGCAAGGAAACCUGGCAUUGUCGAGAAUUUUCAAAUUUGGGCGCGAGUCUGAUCGUUAUAAAGAUACGCUGGAUUAUGGCCCAGCAGCCUUGGAAAUGCUACUGAAAGAUGCUGUUGUACGGGAGUUUUUAGAUGAGGAAUUUCCGGUCGAAAACCGACGUGACGGCAAUGUUACACUAGAGAGAACUACGGCAACCGCCGAAGAAGUUACGGCGCCUGGGGUGUUUUCGCGCGCGUGGACGACUCUAACAGCGUCGGUCAUGCGGAAGGAGCCAAAUCCCUUUUAUUCGAGGCUAAAGAUCUCGCGAGCUUAUGAAGAAUUAGGUCCCAGAGAAAUGGCUAAAGAGGUGGUGUCAGCGGCAGAGCGAAGGAAGCGAGCCCAGCGAGAGUACCUAAUACGCCACCCGAACUAUAACAAGUCUCUAUUCAUAUUCAAACCUGAUAAUCCGAUCCGGAGAUUUUGUCAGCGUAUGGUUGGCCCUGGGCGUGGAAUCCAACGCGUUGAAGGGGUUGAUCCUUAUAAGCCCGUCUGGUAUACCUUCUCCGCAUUCAUUUAUGCAGCUAUUGUUGCAAUGGUUUUACUCGCAUGCAUCACUACACCAAUCUACCAGAACAAGAACUUCCAAACAGACCGAGACUGGUUUACUUAUACGGACUUGGGCUUUGCAGUUUUGUUCAGCAUCGAGGCACUUAUCAAGGUCAUUGCUGAUGGUUUCUUUUGGACGCCAAACGCGUAUUUCCGUGGCUCUUGGGGGUUUAUAGACGGCGUUGUCUUGAUCACUCUCUGGAUUAACGUUUUCAGCUCUCUUCUCAUCAAUCGAGCGGUUUCUAGAGCCAUCGGCGCCUUUAAAGCUCUGAGGGCGCUUAGAUUGCUUAACGUCAGUGAUAGUGCCAAAAAUACAUUCCAUUCUGUGAUCAUUCUUGGAGGAUGGAAGGUUAUUGCUGCUGCUCUCGUUUCGAUGAGUUUCCUAGUUCCAUUUGCUAUAUACGGAGUCACUUUGUUUAGUGGUCAGCUGGUUCAAUGCAAUGACGGUAAUGUGGUGGGGAGCUUGAACGCGUGUGUAGAUGAGUUCAUGAGUUCGCCUUUCAAUUGGAACGUUCUUGCCCCCCGAGUUGCGGACAACCCUUACUAUGACUUUGACAAUUUCAGAGACUCUCUCUUCAUCCUGUUCCAGAUUGUCUCCCAGGAAGGUUGGAUAGAUGUUCAAGAGAGUGUCAUGAGCAUCACAGGGAUUGGCCAGCAACCACAAGACUAUUCAGCUCCAGCCAACGGGCUUUUCUUCAUCGUGUUCAACCUGCUCGGUGCAGUCUUUGUAUUGACCUUGUUUGUGUCUGUGUUUAUGCGAAACUACACAGAACAAACCGGUGUCGCGUUCCUUACUGCCGAGCAACGGUCUUGGCUUGAAUUGAGGAAACUUCUUAGACAGGUAUCACCCUCCAAGCGGAGGUCUAGCGAGGGCAGUUCAGGAUGGAAACAGUGGUGUUAUCGAGUUGGCUAUAAGAAACAUGGCCGCUGGGCUAGGUUUGUCACUGCUAUCCUUGUGCUCCACCUCCUGCUGUUGGUAUUGGAGUUCUACCCCGAGAAUAAUACCUGGGACCUGAUUCGAGAAUCCCUAUUCUUCGUGUUCAACUUUUUCUACCUAGCCAAUGUUAUCUUUCGCUUGGCUGGAUUGGGUUGGCAUCGUUUCCGCAACAGUUCCUGGGAUAUGUACUCAUUGGUUGUUGUUCCUGGCACUUUCAUAACGUCGAUUCUCAAUUUCAUAUCGAGUAGCCAGGUGAUUGUGGAGCUGAGCAAACUGUUCCUGGUCUCUAUCACCUUGCUUCUGAUUCCCCGGAACAAUCAGCUUGACCAACUGUUCAAGACCGCCGCGGCUAGUCUGACGGCCAUUGGGAACCUGCUCGCAACGUGGGUUGUGCUGUUCCUUGUUUAUGCGAUUGCUAUGAAUCAAGCCUUUGGUCUGACCAAAUUUGGGGCCAACGAAAACAACAAUCUCAACUUCAGAGAUAUUCCAAGAUCCCUAAUUUUGCUCUUUCGGAUGAGUUGCGGUGAGGGAUGGAACCAGCUUAUGGAAGAUUUUGCACAGAUGGUGCCACCAUACUGCUCACCAGGCAAGGACGAAGAGUUGUUUACAAAUGACUGCGGAAGUCCUGGAUGGGCUCGAUCGCUCUUUAUCUCCUGGAACAUUAUCAGCAUGUAUAUCUUCGUCUCGCUCUUUGUUUCUCUUAUCUUUGAGAGUUUUUCGUACGUGUACCAGCGGAGUAGUGGUCUGUAUGCGAUCAGUCGUGAAGAACUACGUCGAUUCAAGCAAGCGUGGGCCGAGUACGACGCAGAGGGUACAGGGUAUAUCUCCAAGGAGCAAUUUCCACGUUUACUAAGAGAGCUUACGGGAAAAUUCGAAGUGCGCAUUUACCAGAACGAAUUUAUGAUCCCACGCAUUCUAGAUGAGUGUAGAGUCGACAAACGUGAUUCACUCCUACCACAUCGCAGGAUAGUCGAGGGAGUGGAUCUGGAUAAACUCGCUCAGAUUGUUAGGCGACUCCCUGUGAAGACUGUCCGAGAACGACGGCAAAAACUAAACGCUUUCUACGAGGAAGUUCUGGUAUCCGCAGACCCAGUGCACGGUAUCUCAUUCCACUCUUGUCUCAUGAUUUUAGCACAUUACAACGUUAUCAGCGACAGCAAGAGUUUGAGGCUUGAAGAGUUCUUACGGCGCCGUGCCAAGCUACAACGUGUCGAGGAGGCUGUCCGCCGCAACACAGUGAUUGGGUUCUUCCACACUCUCACUGCCUCUCGUGAAUUCCGAAAGAAGAUCGAGGAUAAGAAGUCGUCUCGAAUGACUUUUGUGCCCCAAUUCAAUGUUCCCGAGAUCUAUGUGGAUGAUGAACCCCAUAUACAACAAGCGUCUGAUGAGCCACCAAGGGGCGGCUUACAAGGUGGCAACAUGAGUGGAGAGCAGACAAUGCUAUCUCCAACCUCCCCCACCCAAUCCGGUUCAUUCCCUCUUCCCCGAAUCAACACCAACCUGACAGGCCAAAGAUCCGAAGCUAGUUCGCCGUCAGAGUGGUCGAACAUUAGUAUAUCCCUGUCACCUCGCCGGGAGCGAGCAAAUACAGCAACAUCUUCCUACGGGGACGGGCCAGAUCUGCAUGAUGAAGCACUGGGAGCUUCUGAUCAUCCCCACCAAAACAGUGCAAUGAGCGUGCAGGGUGUUAUGCAGUCAUUGGGAGAUUCCGCCUGGGGCGAGAGUAUCCGACGUAGCUUUACCCAGCGUCGUCGGUCAAGAGAUGACUGA